ACUAAUGAAAUGCCAAUUACUGAAAAUAAAUGGAUAAAUUGACUCUCACAAUUGCUAGAACUUAAGGAUUUGCCCAAAGGUGAAUCAAUUAUUCUAUGAGUAGUGAACAUAAUGAGGUAAAUUAAUAUUAUUUAAUCAAAUAUGUAUUGUAUAUCCAAAGAUGUUGUAUAUGUUUGAUUGAAAAUAUUUAAUUGCCUGUUAAAUGAAAAAUGGCAUUUAAAUUAUGAUAGUAUGUCGUAGUAUCACCCAAAGGAGAAUUACGAUAUACUUUUAUUGUUUUGCUGAAUCCACAUUAUUUUCUAGUUUAUGAGCAUGUAUAUAUAUUUUGCAGCUAUUCCUCUUCAUUCGCUUGCUUCAUUUGUUACUGUGUUCAACGGAUUGAACUUCUCUGAGUGGCAUGAACAAGUCCAGUUCCACUUAGGUGUGAUGGAUCUUUACUUGGCUCUGCUGAAAGAAAAACCUGCUGCUAUUACUGAUACGAGCAGUGAGGAUGAGAAGUCUUUCCAUAAAGCAUGGGAACGCUCUAACAGAUUGAGCCUUAUGUUUAUGCGAAUGACUAUUGCCAACAACAUUAAGAGUACUAUUCCACAGACAGAAAGUGCCAGGGAAUACCUGAAGUUUGUGGAAGAACGUUUUCGUUCUGCUGAUAAGUCUCUCGCUGGUACACUAAUGGCUGAACUCAUGACCAUGAAGUUUGAUGGGUCGCGUAGUAUGCAAAAUCACAUCAUCGAGAUGACUAAUAUUGCAGCAAGACUCCGGACUUUUGGGAUGAAAGUGGAUGACUCCUUCUUGGUUCAGUUUAUUCUAAACUCAUUGCCUCCUGGGUAUGGACCAUUCCAAAUUAACUGUAACACUAUUAAGGAUAAGUGGAAUGUUAGUGAAUUGUCCAGUAUGCUUACUCAGGAGGAAUCAAGACUUUAAGAAACAAGGAGGUCAUUCUAUUAACCUCAUGGAUCAAGGAGCUGGUAAAUGACUUAAAGUGAAGGCCAACAAGUUCAAGAAGAAGAAAGCACCUGCUAAAGUUCAACAGGAUGCUCAUAAGGAACUCAAGGCAGAUGUGUGUCGUUUCUGUAGAAAGGAAGGACACUAUCAGAAAGAUUGCCCGAAACGUAAAGCUUGGUUCGAAAAGAAAGGGAUUUCUUACGAUCCAAACUACAAAUCCAAAUAAGGAUUUCUUGUUCAUGGGAAAUCGUAUGAAAGCUCCAAUUGAAGGCAUAGGGACUUAUCGUUUGAUCUUGGAGACUGGACAUCACCUUGAUCUAUUACAGACUCUUUAUGUUCCUUCAGUUUCUAGGAAUUUGAUUUCUCUUUCAAGACUUGAUGUUUCUGGAUUUGAUUUUAGGUUUGGACAUGGAUGUUUCAAUUUAUAUAAGAAU